AUGAUAAACUCUACACAGGUUUCAUAUUUCAUACUUGCUGCCUAUUUUGACACCGGGGGUUUUAAAUACUUACUUUUCUUGCUUAUUUUGUCUUUAUAUGUUUUCAUAGUUUGGGCCAAUGUUUUGCUGAUUGUGGUUAUCUGUAUGAACAGAAGCUUACAUGAACCUAUGUACCUUUUUCUGUGCAGCCUGUUUGUAAAUGAACUGUAUGGUAGUACAGGGUUGUUUCCAUUCCUUCUUGUUCAGAUCCUCUCUGACAUUCACACUGUUUCUGCUCCCUUCUGUUUCCUGCAGAUAUUUUGUGCACACUCUUAUGGAGCUGUUGAAUAUUUAAACUUAGCCAUCAUGUCUUAUGACAGAUACCUUGCCAUCUGUUAUCCUCUACAAUAUAACACUCGUAUGACAUCUAAAAAGAUAGCCGUGCUUAUUGCUGUAACAUGGUUAUAUCCUUGUUUUGCAAUGGUUGUUUUGCUGUCUUUGCGUUCUCCUUUACAGCUGUGUGGGAACGUCAUUAACAAAGUUUACUGUGAUACACACUCUGUUGUGAAGCUGUCCUGCUCUGACUCAAAUGCAAUCAACAUGUAUGGACUCAUUGCCACUUUUAGUACAAUCUCUGUUUCUUUACUGUUAAUCCUUUACACUUACAUGAGCAUUCUUAAAGUGUGUUUUUCUGGUUCUAAGCAGACCAGACAGAAAGCUCUUAGUACCUGCACACCUCACCUCGCUUCCCUCUUGAACUUUUCUUUUGGAGCUUGCUUUGAAGUAUUACAGAGCAGGUUUGAUAUGAGCAGUUUACCCAAUAUGUUGCGCAUUUUUCUGUCAUUGUAUUUUCUUACAUGUCCGCCACUUUUCAACCCUGUACUGUACGGCCUGCAAAUGUCUAAAAUCCGUGUCAUAUGCAAAAGUCUCAUAUCAAAAGCAGCCUAUUAA